AUGGCUCUCAAUCCGAUAGCAUGCGAGCACUGCCGCGCCAAAAAAUGCAAAUCCCACAUUGCUCUCAAUGUCAAGCUCUAUCUCUGGCUUGCCGCUACACCGAAGGAUAGACUUGCCGAAACCGAGGCAGCGCUGUUUUCAGCGUUGACAACCAUCGGCUUGAUAGACAACAAUGGUGCAGGGUUGGCUCAACUUCUUGUGAACGUCUCAGCUCCAUCAUUGCGCGGGCGCUCCAAAGUAGAGAAGCAGGACGAAUGGAAGCGUCUGCCUUUACGGUCAGGGCAGCAGCUCCUCAUCUGGUUAGAGGAGAAGUCACAGACGGACUACCACGCACAGCACCCCGUGCCUUCCCCCCCAAACGAGCACCCUCAGAGCACGCAAAGCGACGAAUUCGCAAGCAAUGAACCUACCGAGGCUGUCGAGACUUCUGCAGAGCCUUCAUCCAUAGACAACGCCGCAACCGCCCGCACACCGACCAACAUCCACCUAACUACUCAGUUCCAAGACUCGGCUCAAUGGAGGAAUUACUUCUGA